AUGGAGCGGUUACGUUGGCAAGUGGUGGCCGUGGCGACCUUGGGUCUGGCUCUGGCCCUGGAGGCGCUGCCCUCCGUGCUGCAUUGGCUGCGGGCCGGGCGCCGGCAAGAGCGGCGAAGGCCGCCACGGCGCGAGGUGCUCUUCUUCCCGUCGCAGGUGACUUGCACGGAGGCCCUGCUGCAGGCUCCCGGUGAGGGGCCGUCGGGGCCCCCGGCAGGCUGCCCCUGCAGCCUGCCCCACGGCGAGAGCUCGCUCAGCCGCCUCCUGCGCGCCCUUUUGGCCGCUCGCUCCAGCCUGGAGCUCUGCCUCUUUGCCUUCUCCAGCCCACAGUUGGGCCGUGCGGUGCAGCUGCUGCACCAGCGCGGGGUGCGCAUCCGGGUCAUCACCGACUGCGACUACAUGGCUCUGAACGGCUCACAGAUCGGCCUGCUACGAAAGGCAGGCAUCCAGGUGCGACACGACCAGGACCUGGGCUACAUGCAUCAUAAGUUUGCCAUCGUGGACAAGAAGGUGCUGAUCACCGGCUCCCUCAACUGGACCACGCAAGCCAUUCAAAACAACAGAGAGAACGUCCUGAUUAUGGAGGAUGAGGAGUAUGUGAGGCUUUUCCUAGAAGAAUUUGAGCAUAUUUGGGAAGAGUUUAAUCCGACCAAGUACACCUUUUUCCCACAAAAGAAGCAGAGUCACUGA